UCGUUAGGACAACCGCACCUGCCCUGAGGAACCUUUGCCUUCCCUGCUAUCAUUCCCCCGCUGGCCGCUGUCCCGCAUACACGCCAACACACACCACCUCUUCAAUUCUCCCUCACUCAGCUACUCUCUCCUUAGAAGAACAGUUUGCAGAGUAGCAAGCGGCGGGGAUGGCGGGCGUAGCAAAACUCCUGGCGCUGCUGAUGACAUUGGCCUUGGCAGCUGCCCAGCAAGAGUGUUCAGACAGUGACGAAAUAUCCUGCAGCUCUGGCGAGUCGAGGUGCAUUCCCUACCGGUACAUCUGUGACAGUGACCCUGACUGUGACGCAGGGUCUGAGGACGAGGACCCGGAAUUGUGUGAGGCUUGGAAAAACAACGAGUGUAACCGCGGUCAGGUACAAUGCCGCAGGGAUGGAGACACAACCUGCAUCAAUAUCUACGAGUACUGCGAUCCCAGCUCCAACUGUGAAGGCGACCUGGACAUUCGAAUCUGUAAGAUGAUUCGUGAUGGACAGGUGAAGCCACUCUCUGAGAUCCAGAUCUCACCCUAUGACACUUAUGCAAAUAACGAUCUGCUGAAAACUGAAAACCUGGCCAAGGAAUUUGUGUUGCUCCUGAACCGCACCAUUCAGCACCCGCGCUGCCCCACCAUGUUCACCCUCGUGGGAGACCAGUGCCUGGCCCUCUUCUUCGUCGGAAGUCCUGUGUCCCUGGCCGCGUCUCAGGUCAGCUGGGGAGAGGCGAGGUCCUUCUGCCAGGUGCUGGGAGGCGACCUCAUCACCUUCAGGGACGUGAGCCACUACACUGCUGUGGUGAAUCAUCUGAGAGAAGCCCAACUAACGGUGGACUUUUGGGUAGGCGGUAGCCUAGCCAAUGAAACUGAGGGAUGGCGCUGGAUUGAUGACUCGUCCUUGGAGUUGGGCACCCCCUACUGGGCCGUCAGAUAUGAGGAUAAGUGCCAGCAUCGCAACGUAACGUUCCCCGAGCUCAAUCAGACCCGUGAAGCCAAUGACGGUGCCUGCUACCAUUACCUGCAGGCUCCAGACUCUCCCCCACGCGGUCGCUGUGUGGCGCUUCCCUAUGAGCAUUACUACUACAUGACCGACGAAAACUGUCUGAAGAAGAAGAGUCCGCUCUGUGUAUUGAGCGAGGAGCAGGCGCCAGUUUGAGAUGAUUUCACACACACACACACACACACACACACACACACACACACACACACACGGGCGCGCGCUAUUUAGAUAAUGAGUUGUUUUAAACUUAAAAAUAGAUUUUGCAUUUGUGAAAAAAAAGUCAAUUUUGUGUGUGAUUUUUAUUUUCAGGUGAAAUUAUUGUAUUAAUGCUUUUUUGCAUUGCAGUUUGAUAUGGACGUGUGUAACUUGUCUUGUUGUUUAACAAUAUCAUAAACAAUUAUCUUCAUUUUGAGUAGCAUAAAUUUUGAAGAUUUAA